CCUCAACGCCCACCAGGAUGGAGGUCAGCUCUCCAACCGCGAAGCUGGCAGCAGCCGUCCUCGAAGGCUGUACCAACGUGUUACAUGCUGCCUACACCAACCGCAACCCUGGGGAUGACAAUGGUCUACAGUUCCUGCUCGAUGAUGUCCGCAAACUGGCGGCCGUGGUGAGCGCCACAGCCCCCUUCUGGGGCCUCAACCCGACCGUUCGCAUCUCAGACCACUUCAUCAACGUUUUGAAAGCCAUGCGCCAGAUCUUCAUCGAUUCCGCCACAAGCCUUGGACGCCUUGAGGUCAUGCUCGUCUGUCAACGCGAGGAGCCCUGGCCGCUCGGCUGCAAACCCUUUGACUUCAAGCUCCUUCGCUGGAAGAUUCAGCUAUUCACUGAGGCGAUUAGUUUCGCGAAAAGACGCAACAACGACGGAUACCUCGAUAUGGAAAAGCUGCGAACCGACGCAGGCUGGUUUCAGGUGCAGGCUGAUCACGUUGACGAUCGCUGUGAAACCGGAGAGAGACUGUUGUUUGAAAUUGUCGACACAGAUGACCAUCUGCGUCAUAUUGAGACUCUCGUCGCGGCCGCCAAGAGGUACACCGCAGCACUCGCGAGGAUAGAGCUCUUCGACCGUCACAACAACUCUGUGGUGGACUUUGCCAAGCGGGAUACUACUUCUGAGGAGAUACCCAUUCGUGGAGGACCUGCUCAAGCUGAGGCGUCCGACGACGAAGGCACUGAGAGUGUCGCUGCUGAGACAUCUAUUCAGGAUGCAUCCCCCUUUGUCGACGCUCUAGCCGAUGACUAUCUGAAUGAUGUUGCCGAUCCGAGCGGACCACUUGAGAGUGUGGCUGCUGGAAACGUACCCUAUGAGGGUUUACCUACUGUUCACGAAGCUCCUGAAGAGUCUGUCUUGGAAGACGUAACUGCUCAGAAGACAUCGCUUGAGGGCGCAACUCCUUCCAACCCACCUUCUGCAAACGCUUCUAUGAUCAACACCGCCAUGCAGAGUGAGCCAACUCAGAACCUCGGUGCUCGUACUACUGCAAUACACGAUGUACUUGCUUCUAGCGGACCCUCUGCAGAUGCUCCCAUGAGAAACGCCACCGCAAAGAGCGUAUUGGCUCGGGGUGUUGAUGUUGAUAAUGUCUCUGCACCAGAUUUUUCUCAUUCUAGCGAACCUCGUGAAGAUGCUUCAUUGAAUGAUGCAGCCACUCAGGACGCACCGGUUGAACCUAUUGUUGCUGAGGAAUCCACAACGCCCAAGGUGUCUCCUCCUAGCAGCCCAUCUGCAAAGCCUUCUUUUAUCGCACUCCCCCACGCUGUAUCUUCUACUGAUGCGUCGACUGGAGCGGUAUGCACUCCGCAGGCACUCACUCCUGCCAGCUGCGGUCAAGACACAAUGCCACAGGUUCUGGCUCCUGGAACUCAGGCUAUCAGCGACAUAUCUGCCCCGGAUGGAGCUGCUCAUGUCAAGGCAGACGUCCCUACAGUUCCUCUGGACUUUCGCGAUGCAAAAUCGUUCAAAACUGAAGAUGAACGGGUGGCAUAUAUUCGGGGGCUGGUCAAGAAAGGCGAAUACACAGGUCCCGACGAGUUGCUGGAUGAAACGAUCCGGUCCUUCUCACUGAGCGUCGCAGCUAAGAUGAUUGUCGCGAGGAUCCUCUACGCGGCCGGAAAGCCAGAUAGCACCAUCAAACUUCUGCAACUGCCCCUUUACGAAUACCCAACAGACCCUGUUGUCCGCUCAUCGGUCCAGCACCUCCUCGCAAAGGCCUACUUUGCAGUCGGCAACUUCGAUCGCGCGAUUGACAAUUGCAAGAUUAGUCACGCGACUAGGAGGAAGACUCUCGGCCACUAUCAUCCGCUGUUCCUAGAGUCCACGGAGCUAUUGGUUCACCUCUUUCGUGCGACUAGACGCACUGCAGAGGCCGAGGACUUGAGACGGCUACAUUUCUCGCCUGCCCAGAUGGAAUUCCUCGGUCUUAUUGAUGACUUGGAGUUGGCGUUUAAAACCUCCAAAGAGGCUGCCCUCGCUUGUAUGACCGACCUGCUCGCCACCAAAGUUGACGAUCGCACACCUGCCACCAGCCUCCUGGAGCGGCUCGGAGACUUUACGACCUGGGAAUUCGAAGCGGUGGUCCUCGGAUUUGACACCCAGCUGUCAUUGUUAACCAUUCUUGCGGAGAUGGGAGAUUACUAUAAGUUACCUCUCCUCGCAAUUCGGGGUAACAUCCAUCUGAACCUCUCGCCAAAUCGCACUCGACCCAUACUCGACACUCUUCUGUGGAAGGCUGCCAUGGCCAACAAUGCGAUCAGAUUCCAGAUGCUCCUCGACAUUGGUGGCGACAUCGAAGCAGACCACAACUGCCUGGAGGACUGGAACACUGUCGGCGCCGAGUUCAACUCCAUGACCCCGCUCCACAUUGCCGCCAGGUCCGGUCACAUUGACGCCGUGAGGAUCCUACUCAAGGGUGGUGCCAACAAAGAAGCGCGCGACUCGGACAACAAUACCCCGCUGAUGCUCGCUGAUAAGAAUCGCUAUGCGGAUACCGUUGAGCUUCUCUUGGAACAUGGGGCGACUAUUGAUUAGGUAGAUGCGUUCCAUUCUCACCGGGCCUUAGCUUGCCUUGGUAUUGUACUGUAUCGAUUCAGGGCCUUUCGUGUAUCUCCAGCUAUUGCGGAGACUAAAUAGGUUUCGGAAUGACAGAUACAUUUGUCGCCA